AUGGGCGACACAGCGGUUGGCUGGGGCACUUUCCAAAUCCAUGGGCGAAAUGAAAAGCCCGGCUCGGCGCAUGCGGUUGCGGUUCACGAUUCAGUAGUGAUUCAGUCCGUGGACAGCGGCAGCUACCUGGAGCCCCUUGCCCUUACGGCCACGCAGCAGCAGCACCUCCACCACCACCAUCUGUCAGCACACCACAACAGCAACAGCGGCUCACCGUCGCAACUGCUGCCGCCGAGCGUGAUCGCGGCUUUCCUGGACCAGCAGCGCUGCCCGUCCGACCGAGGGGCGCCGCCGCAUAGGAGGCAGUCCAAGGGCGGCAGCGCGGGUGGCAGGGUCGCGGCGUGGCGGCGCGCGUUGGCGCGGUGGGCGCGGCACGUGCUGGUGACCGCGGCGGCGGCGGGCCUGGUGGUGGGCGGCGCUGCGGUGGGGAAGCACCUUCACACCCACUACGUGGCGACGCUAGACGACCGCGACUCGCUGGCGGCACGCACAGUCGCCCUCACGGCCCAGCUCGACCGCGCCGCCGCCCGCGCCGCCGCCGCCGAGCACCAGCGGGACGGCGCGCAGGGGCGCGCCCGGGAGCUCGCGGCGCAGCUCGACGCGGCCAACGCGCGCCUGGCGCAGCUGAGCGGCGAGGUGGCUGAGCUGGCGCGCCUCAACCUGAACCUGCAGCGGCGCCUGGACAAGGCCGAGUCAAAGGUGGAAAAGGCCGCCUCCGCCAGGGCCGAAGCAGAGGCGCGCGCCGCCGCCGCGGCCGACUCGGCCGCGCGGUGGGAGCGCGAGGCGGGCGGCCUGUGCGAGCGGCUGCAGCGGCUCGAGGGGCGUGGCAGGGUUGUGCUCGGCGCAGCGGUGGCGGCACCCGCGACGCCCUCGGCGGCGGCCGGGGAGAGGCCGCCAUUUUGGAAGGCCGCUGGCGGCGCGCACCCCUAA